CGUAGAUAUAUAAUUUCAAAAUUAAUAUCGGGUUAUGGAUUAUCCAGCUAUAUUUCCGAUUGAUACAAAUUUCGAAUAUAUAAUACGAAAAUCAGAACCGCAAAAAAUAUGCUUCGGUUCCGGACAGUCACGCGAUACUUCUCGAAACAAUCUGAAUUUCUUCAUGAGAUAUUAUACCGCAGAAAAUUAUUCCAACGUAGGACCCGGCUCUUAUAACGUUUUGAAAUCUUUUAACGCCAUUAAAACCAAGCCGUGCUGUUAUAGUAUCAGCAAAAGAGGUUACAGCGGUCUCGCUCGAUUUGCCAAGCCUAUCACUUACAAUACUUAUAUGAAAGAUUAUAUAUCAUCAUCCGAUUAUGCUGUUCCUAAGCAGAUUAAAACGCAGAAAUAUCCAUUUCUGUCUACCAAUAAGAAAAGAAUUUUUGAUACCAAUAAAAAUCCAGGGCCCGGAACUUAUAAUGGUAGUAAAGAGAUAAAAGGUAUUAUAUUUGAACACAGUUUCGGUAGUAGAGUUAAAAUGCAACUUGGUGUUGAUUUUAAAUGUUGCAAUCGUAAUACAAAUAUUUGCAAGAUAUGUGGUAAAACACCAACCGGAGAUUACUGGCAUUUAAAUAAUAAAAUAUUCUUAUGUAGAACCUGCAUGAUAAGAGAAUGUCAAGAACAAACGAAAUUUAAAAGGAAGAAACUUGAAUUAUUUCGUAAAAUAAGAACUUGCUCAAGUAUUCACAUUCAUGAAGGCACUGAUGCAAAGAUAUGGCUAAUACAUCCUAUUGCAUUGAAACAAUGGACACGUAGAGAAACGUAUCUUUCUGCUUAUUUAAAAGAUUAAAUCAGAUAUACUAUAUAAUUUGUUCGAUUUCAAAUUAUAUGAUCUUUUAAUCAAUACCAUU